GCACUGAGAUGGAGCAGAAGCAAAGCAUUCAAGGAUUCAAGGGCCACGCAAGGUUGCCAAAUUUUGCAAUUCCGAAACGCUACGAUCUUCAUCUCAAGCUUGAUCUCUCGUCAGCAUGCGCCUUCUCCGGCGUUGUGGAGAUUCACGUUAGCAUAGUCGAAGAGACCAAGUUUCUUCUCUUGAACGCUCUUGAACUUGAUGUUCAUGAAGUUCUGUUCACCAGCUCUCAUGGCCAACUUUACCGCCCGUGUGAUGUUGUUUUGGACGGUGAUGAUGAAUCUCUUGUUCUGGUGUUUGAUCAAGCACUUGGUGUUGGUGAAGGAGUUUUGGGGAUUAAGUUUUCUGCAGUCCUUAACGCGCACUUGAAAGGGUUCUAUAAAUGCACUUAUUUGGAUGGAGGAGAGAAGAAGAAUAUGGCAGUUACUCAAUUCGAACCUGUGGAUGCACGGCGGUGCUUUCCUUGUUGGGACGAACCUGCCCUCAAGGCCACAUUCAAGAUAGCAGUAGAUGUACCACUGGAGCUGACAGCUUUGUCCAAUAUGCCAAUUACCAAUGAGAAGCUUGAUGCAAAUGUUAAGACUGUUUAUUUUGAGGAGUCUCCUAUCAUGUCAACUUAUUUAGUGGCUGUUGUUGUUGGCGUAUUCGAUUAUAUUGAAGACACAACAUCCGAUGGGGUACUGGUUCGUGCAUAUUGCCCUGUUGGGAAGAGUGACAAAGGAGAGUUUGCUCUAAAUGUCGCUGUUAAGACGCUCGAUCUUUUCUCCAAAUACUUUUCAACGCCGUACCCUCUCCCCAAACUCGAUAUGGUUGCAGUUCCUGAAUUUUCUGGUGGGGCAAUGGAGAAUUAUGGUUUGAUCACGUACCGUGAAAAUGAACUGCUUUACGAUCCUUUGCAUUCCACAACAGCAAGGAAGCAGAGAAUGGCAAUUGUUGUAGCGCAUGAAGUAGCACAUCAGUGGUUUGGCAACCUGGUGACAAUGGAAUGGUGGUCCGAUUUGUGGCUUAAUGAGGGUUUUGCGACAUGGGUAAGUUAUAUGGCCACAGAUAUUUUAUUUCCCGAGUGGAAAAUAUGGGCUCAAUUUCUUCAAGAAACUAGUGGCGGCCUAGUUAAGGAUGCACUGGAGCAGUCACAUCCAAUUCAGGUGGAGAUAGGACAUGCUCGCUCAAUUCUUGAAGUCUUUGAUGAUAUCAGCUAUAAAAAGGGAUCUGCUGUUAUCCGAAUGCUGCAGGUUUAUCUCGGGGAUGACAUAUUCCAGAAAUCAUUAAGUUCCUACAUGAAAAGAUAUUCUGGCAAAAAUGCGAAGACAGAAGAUUUAUGGAGUGUUCUUUCGGAGGAAUCUGGUGUCAAAGUCAGUGAAAUGAUGGAUGGUUGGACAAAGAAAAAAGGAUAUCCUGUUAUCUCAGUAAAAUCCAAAGAGAAUAUUUUGGAAUUUGAGCAGACACAGUUCCUGUCAUCCGGUUUGCAUGGUGGUGGGAAAUGGAUCGUUCCAAUAACUUUUUCAGUUGGUUCGUAUGAGAGGCGCGAGAAUUUCCUUUUGGAAACAAAGUCCAGAGAAUUGAACGUAUCAGAUCUUGUCGAUUCCUUAAAGAAUAAAGAGAAAUAUGAUGAACAACCGUGGAUCAAGGUUAACAUCGAGCACAGCGGUUUCUAUAGGGUCAAUUAUGAAGAUAAGCUUGCAGCUCGGCUUAGGAAGGCUAUUAAGCAUAAGAGCUUAGAAGCAACAGACAAAUUCGGCAUUCUGGACGAUGCAUAUGCUCUUUGUGAAGCUUGUGAACAAUCACUUUCAUCUUUGCUUUCCUUGAUGGAUGCAUACAGAAAAGAAGAAGAGUAUAUUGUCGUAACAAAAUUGAUAGAUGUUUGUUAUAAUGUCGUUAAUAUUUCAAGUGAGGCCAUCCCAGAUUCGGCAAAUGAGUUGAAAAAGUUUUUCAUUAGUCUCCUCCUGUUUCCAGCAGAAAAACUUGGUUGGGAUUCGGUACCAGGAGAGAGUCACUUCAGUGCACUUCUGAGAGCAGAAAUCUUGCAAGCUUUGGUUACGUUUGGCCAUGACAAAACUCAAAAAGAAGCAUUAGACCGAUUUCAGACAUUAUUGAACGAUAGAAACACUCCACUUCUUUCAGCUGAUACGAGAGGGGCUGCUUACAUUGCCGUGAUGAGGAAUGCUAGCAGCUCCAAUAGAGAAGGUUUUGAGUCCCUACUAAAUGUUUACAGAGAAGCAAAUACAGUGCAAGAGAAGGAAAGGAUUCUACGUUUUUUUGCAUCUUCUCCAGACCCAGAUACAGUUGUGGAGGUUCUGAACUUUUUUUUAUCCGAAGAGGUUCGAGAUCAAGACAUUGUAUAUGGACUUGUUGGUAUAAGUUUAGAAUGCCGCGAAACAGCGUGGAAGUGGUUAAAGGAGAAUUGGGACCUGAUCCUGACCAAAUAUGGCGCUGGGAUGCUGCUCACCCGUUUCGUAAGAGACACUGUGACACCGCUUUGCAGCAACGAAAAGGCUGAUGAGGUCGAAGAAUUUUUCGCUAGCAGGGCGCAUCCUGCAAUUUCCUUGACUUUGGAGCAAAGCAUUGCGCAAGUCCGAAUCAAGGCGAGGUGGGUUGAACACACGAGGCAGGAGCAAUGCCUUGAAGGGCAAGUCAGAGAACUAGCAGGCAAGAAAUGAUUGUUUGUCACUUGUGUAAUUUGUAUCUUAAAUAUGUCAAAUUGGAAACAUUUCUUUUGAUCAGAUAUUGGUACAACUUGUUUAACAAUAAUAUGCACUGCUUGAGAAUUUAA